AUGUCUCCGGCUCCAGCUGCCGCCCAGGCUCCUACGUCGGUCUCCCUGUUUGAUCUCAGCGUGGAUGCUCCGGUCCUUCGGGGCCUGGUCCUAGUGAGACACCGUCCCGGGGAGACUCUGGCCCAGGCACUGCGGACUUCCUCUCCAGGUUCAGGGGUGAAAACAAGCCCAGAAAGAAAACCAUUCCAGGGUCCUCUGGAUAUUUCAGGGAAGUUAUUUUGUUCAACCUGUGACCAGACCUUCCAGAACCAUCAGGAACAGAGGGAACAUUAUAAGCUUGAUUGGCAUCGGUUUAACCUAAAGCAACGUCUCAAGGACAAGCCUCUCCUGUCUGCCCAGGACUUUGAAAAGCAGAGCUCCACAGGAGAUCUUUCCAGCAUCUCAGGAUCAGAAGACUCAGACUCAGCCCAUGAGGAGGACUUACAGAUACCAGACGAGGAGAGGGUUGAGUUUGAGAAGUCUAACAGAUCCCAAGGCUUCUGCUCCCAUCGAGUUCUUUUCCAAAAUGCCCAGGGCCAGUUUCUUUAUGCGUAUCGCUGUGUCCUAGGCCCUCACCAGUUGCUCCCAGAAGAGCCAGAACUGUUGCUACAAAACCUGCAAAGCGGAGGUCCUAGACACUGUGUGGUACUCAUGGCUGCAGCUGGGCACUUUGCUGGUGCCAUUUUCCAAGGAAGAGAAGUGGUGACACACAAAACCUUUCACCGCUACACAGUACGGGCCAAGCGUGGCACAGCCCAGGGACUUCAUGAUGCCCGGGGUGGGGCUUCUCGCUCUGCUGGAGCCAACCUGAGGCGCUACAAUGAAGCUGCACUAUAUAAGGAUGUUCGUGACCUGCUGGCAGAGCCAGAAUGGGCUAAGGCGUUGGGGGAGGCUGGGACAAUACUGCUGCGUGCCCCCCGCUCUGGCCGGUCCUUGUUCUUCGGAGGCCAAGGGGCACCCCUGAAACGGGGGGAUCCCCGACUUUGGGAUAUCCCCCUCGCAACCCGCAGACCCACCUUCCAAGAGCUACAGCGUGUGUUCCAUAAGCUGACCACUUUGCAUAUUCACGGAGAAGACCCCCGGGAGAGAGUCAGGUUGGACUCACCUCAGUCAUACUGGAAGACAAUGAGAGAGAGGAAGGCUAUUGAGGAAGAAAGAAAGGUUCCCAGUGAUGAAAAUGGGGCAGUAGAGCAGAAUGAGGACUCUCCCAAACAGGGUUCAGAGUCAGAGGGAGAAGAUGACUUCCAGGUAGAGUUGGAUCUAGUAGAGUCGACAAUUGGGACCCUGGAUCUUCGUGAAUUUGAGAUAUUGCCCAAGCGGAGGAGGAGAAAAAGGAAUAAGAGAGAGAAAAGCCAAGACUUGGAGGUUGGGGCACGUGUGGCUCUUCCACAACAACCUCAAGAAGACAAGGCCUUCUCACAGUCAACCAAGGCUUUGGAGCCUUUCAUGAAUGAGGCCAAGGUCCCUGGCCAGCCAGAGCUUUGGGACAUGCUUCUUGCUGCUUGCAGAGCUGGAGAUAUUGGGAUGCUGAAAAUCCACCUAGCUGCCAGCCCCAUAGACCCUGAAGUUCUGUCUCUGCUCAAUGCCCCCUUGGGCUCCAGUGGCUUCACCCUCCUGCAUGCAGCAGCCGCAGCUGGGAGAGGCUCAGUGGUUCGCUUGCUGCUAGAGGCAGGUGCUGACCCCACUGUCCGGGACUUCCGGACUCGGCCACCAUACAUGGUUGCAGCUGACAAAGCAACACGUAAUGAGUUCCGAAGGUUCAUGGAGAAGAAUCCCGAUGCUUAUGAUUACAGCAAGGCUCAGGUGCCAGGGCCACUGACAUCAGAAAUGGAGGCGCGGAAGGCUAUGCGGAAAAGGGAGCAGAAGGCAGCCCGGAGGCAACGGGAGGAGCAGCAGCGGAAACAGAGGGAGCAAGAGAAGCAGGAGCAAGAAGAACAGCAGCGAUUUGCUGCUCUCAGUGACAGAGAGAAGAGAGCUGUGGCUGCAGAGCGCCGACUGGCUGCUCAGUUAGGAGGUCCUACCCCUCAGACCCCUGACUCUGCAAUCGUCAAUGCUGGACGCUGCUUGAGCUGUGGGACAUCCCUCCAAGGCCUCAUUCCCUUUCACUACCUUGACUUCUCUUUCUGCUCCACACGCUGCCUCCAGAAUCAUCGCUGUCAGGCCAGGAAGCCCUGUUCCUGA